GGAAAUAUGAAUAGACUCAAAAAAUAACACAAAAGAAAGCAAGAAUUAGGCUUAACUAAAAUUGAAACUGAUAUCCCAACACUAAAAACAGUAUCAUCAGAAGAUUACCUUCAACAUGUGUUAUACAUGAUGGAGCAUGUGAGCCACUUAUUUGAAUUUUAUGGGUUUAACACUGCAAGAUACCGAUGGAAAAACUACGCUGGCUCUCAAAUCGCAAUAGAAUCAAGCAUCAGUAUUUUGUUAAAUGGAGGUAAUAAGUAUAACAAGAAUAGAAGAAAGAAUACGAAGAAAAACAGAAAAAGAAGAAGAAAAGCCAGAAGGGCUGAAUACAAUCAAGAGGAACGAGCGGCUGCCAAUUCACAAUUGAAAAAGUGUAGGAAGAACAAGAGCUGGUUCGAAGAAGGCGAUCGCAAG